UGGGCAGAGACAGGAGACCUCAGGGGUGGCUCUCGCUCCGGCGGCCCUGCUCGGGAUUUAGGCUCCAGCUCUCGGGGAAAUGGGCCAGAGGAUAGCCUGCUGGGUCCAGAACAGGUAACUCGAGGGGCAAGCAUCUCCUGCAGCCUGUGGCGGUGACUUGGACAGCAUGAACUGGGCAUUCCUCCAGGGCCUCCUGAGUGGGGUCAACAAGUACUCCACGGUUCUUGGCCGAGUCUGGCUGUCAGUGGUACUGAUAUUUCGAGUACUGGUAUACGUAGUGGCAGCAGAGGAGGUGUGGGACGAUGAACAAAAGGACUUCGACUGCAACACUCGACAGCCAGGUUGUGCGAAUGUUUGCUACGACCACGUCUUCCCCAUUUCCCACGUCCGCUUGUGGGCCCUUCAGCUCAUUCUGGUCACAUGUCCCUCGCUGCUCGUCGUCAUGCACGUAGCCUAUCGAGAGGAGCGGGAGCGGAGGCACCGGAUGAAGCAUGGCCCCCAGGCCAGGCCCCUCUAUGGCAACCCAGGGAAAAAACGUGGAGGUCUUUGGUGGACCUACCUGCUAAGCCUUAUAUUCAAGGCUGGCGUUGAUGCCACCUUCCUGUACAUCUUCCAUCGCCUCUAUAAUAACUAUGACAUGCCCCGUGUGGUGCACUGCUCCGUGGACCCCUGCCCCAAUGUGGUAGAUUGCUUCAUCUCCCGGCCCACGGAAAAGAAGGUCUUUUCCUACUUCAUGGUGGCCACAGCUGUCAUUUGCAUCCUGCUCAAUCUAGGGGAAGUGUCCUACCUGAUCUGUAAGAGAGCCCAGGAGCUCCUAGGGCCACAGAACUCGAAACAGCCUCGGCGGCACCAUCGGAGGCAUGGCCACCAUGGCCCCUUGGGGACCCUGCAGGAUGCCUGCCCCCCUUAUGCUCCUGCCCAGGCUUUGUCCCAAGGUGACCCCACCAAGGAGGCCACAUUGCCUUGCUAAAGUCUCUUACUUCAAGCAUGGCUGGAAAGGCAGGACAGUCAAAGAAAAAGCCUGCUUCUGGAGUUCAAAUCUCUUCUCUGCCUUAGUGACUUUGGUCAAGUCCCCUCUCUAGUCCUAAACUUUAUCAUCUGCAUAAUGAGAAGGUUGGACUAGAUUAUCUCUAAGGCUCCUUCCCCGUUCCACAUUUAUGCUCCUAUGAUGUGAUGUUGGCAGCAUUACAAGUAUGGUGGGCAGGGAUGGAGGGGCAAGAGGCUGAACUACAAUCCCUUCUUCUCUAGUCAGUUUUACCUGACAAAAUGUGAUCUUACGUGAGCAGCAGAUUCCAAGGAAGGAUAGGUAGGAGAAAGGCAAAUCUACCACCAUCAGCAGAGCCUAUCCCUGGGACAAUAUGGAACCAAAUAACCAAAAAUGGCAGCUUCCAUGUCUCAUUCCCCCUAGGAACUCUCUCCAUCGUGUGCCCCCUGGGAGAAGUUACUGGGUGAGGAGGUCACCAUGAUGAAGUGGAGACUUACUUAGGAGCUGGGUUGGAAUCUGAUGUGUAUGCAUACCCACAAAAGGAAAGAAUCCUCAAUAAAAGCAUUUUAUAAAGUACUUUGCAAACAGCCCUGGCCUUGGAAACAAAGUCAAUAACAUUUAAAGUCAUUCAUUCCUUACUCCUAGUCUUAAACACCUGGGGAUGUGGGAUAGAGGGAUGGGGAGAAGAUGAGGUGGGGAUAACUUCCUAUGGUUAAAGUUGUCUGAUACAGGAAAGGCUGCCUUGGGAAGCAAUGGGUACCACCAUAAACACACACUAAGAUCUCUUUAAGCAGAGACUGGAUUUGGAACUACUUGCUGGGAAAGGGACUCCUAUCCGGGUUCACCCUGAACAAGAUUACCUCUGAGGUUGCUCUAGCUCUGAGCUCCUUUAGAGAAAUGUUGUCCCUUUUCCACUCCAGUUUUUUGAGAGAGUCUAGAUGGUGCCAUGGCCCUGAGAUGGCCAAAGCAAAACUUCCCUUUGGACCAAGGUAUGCCACUCUCAAGUCAGCAAAAGAAAGAAGUUUGAGGAUAUCCCCAACAGCUAGGAGACAGGUUCCAAAUAGCUUCCUAGGCUUUGGUUAGAGACAAAAUUUAAAGCGAGCAUCUGGGAAAGGCAGACAGACAGACAGACACAGACACCAAUACCCACAACCCCUUCCCUCUGGCCCAGCUCGCUACCCAUCACAGGCUGGGACUUGCCUCCAUACAGAUGACUCACAGCCUUGAGUUUGGAGAGGGGGCACAUGGGUAGAGACAGAGUUGGGGGAGAGAGGGAGGAGAGAAGCAGGUCACAUCCUGAGAUCAAAGAAAUACGGCCUCUCUGUGAUUUGGUUGGUUGGAUGUUUUCAGUAGGAGUGGGGUAUGCAGGAAAAUGGCAGGGAGAGAGAAGUAAGGAUAAAGUUCUCAAAAUGAAAAAAUGAGAACAGGAUUCUGAACCAACAGGACAGCUUCGAAAGUUGCAUGUUGGAUUUGUCAUAUAAUUUAAAAGAAAAGCAAGCUCUGCAUAACAGAAAUAAAUUGUUUACAUAUCAUCUCUACUGCCAUUCUACAAUGUGUUGUGAAAAUGCUCGUUUUACUUGGUUUUUGUCAAAUUCAUAAUUAUUUUAAAAUAAAAUGGAGAUAAAG